AUGCAGCACACCAACUGCAGUGGGGCAGACGACCUGCUCGCCCAGGGCACGGCCGCCUACCACAACAAGAUCAAAGCCGCGGUUGGCGAUGUCUUGCCGCCGCUCGACAUCCGCUUCACGGACCUCGCGCUCUCGGCCGACGUUCCGUUCAUGACGCGCCAAGAGCUGCCAACGCUCGUGAGCGACGUCACCUCGAUGGUGCGUGGCCUCUGCCAGCCGUCGCGGACCGUGCGCAAGGACAUUCUGCACCCGAUGACGGGUGCGCUCACGCCGGGGACCAUGACGCUCGUGCUCGGCCAGCCCCGGUCGGGCAAGUCGUCGUUCCUCAAGCUAUUGAGCGGUCAGGUGAAGGCCACCAAGAGCCUUCGCAUUGACGGGCAGCUGACGUACAAUGGUGUCUCGGACAUGCCACACUUGGCGCGCUGGACGUCGUACGUGGCGCAGCGCGACGUGCACUACCCGACACUCACGGUGCGCGAGACGCUCUCGUUUGCUUCGCGCUGCGUCACGAGUCGCGAGCAGUUGUCGGCGGUGCCUCCGCACGCGACACCGCUCUUGGCGUCCAUCGAAGCGGCGGCGCCAGACCUCGUGGAGCGCCAAUUGGGCCUCGACCACUGCAAGGACACGGUCGUCGGCAACAGUAUGCUUCGCGGCGUCUCGGGCGGCGAGCGCAAGCGUGUGACCAUGGGCGAGAUGGAGUUUGGCUUCAAGCGCGCGUCGUUCCUCGACGAGAUCAGCACCGGCCUCGACGCGGCUGCCACACCGUGGUGA